AUGAGUUGAAAGCACUCAGACAAGAAACAGCCACACUCAGAAACACUUGGAGUUGCUGAAAUACUACGGUCUACUGGAUUUUCACUGUUCAACUUUUGAAAGACUAAUCAAGUAUGUGUAAAGGAUUAGCUGCUUUACCGCAGACCUGCCUUGUGAGGGCCAAGGAGAUCAAGUCUAAGUUGGGAGUGUUGCUGCAGAAGCCCGAUCAGAAUGCCAUAGACCUGAUCAUCCCCUAUCCGGAGAAAACCGAGAAGAAACCGGAGAAGCUGCAAAAGCCGACUGCAGAAGAAAUUGCUGAAUGGCGGGAGUGCCUGGACCAUGUGUUGACCAGCAAUUAUGGUGUGCAUGCCUUCCGUACCUUCCUGCAGUCUGAGUUCAGUGAGGAGAACAUUGAGUUCUGGGUGGCGUGUGAGGACUUCAAGAAGACCAAGAACCCAGUCAAGAUGGCCGCCAAGGCCAAGAAGAUCUACGAGGAUUUCAUCCAGGCUGAGGGACCAAGAGAGGUCAACAUUGACCAUGUCACCAAGGACGUAACCCUGAGAAACCUGGUGGACCUCUCCCCGGCGACCUUUGACCUGGCCCAAAAGAGGAUCUUUGCCCUGAUGGAGAAGGACUCCUUCGGGCGCUUCCUGCGGUCCGAGCAGUACCAGGAGAUCCUGGUCAACUAAAGCCUAUCCAUCUCGGUGGAAGGAGUAUUAAAUUCACUAUUAAGCUUGGAUUUGGUUUUAAAGGUAAAAGCUGAUUAAAGCCCUGAUUAACAUUAAGAUGUUAUACAGUCAUUUUGGUUGGAUGGAUAAUGCAUGGGCUUUGAACAUCCCCCCCUUCCCCCACCCUAGAAUCGUUCUGAAAUGGUCUUCAUCUGUAUGGGUAUCAUUUUGUUUUAUUACAAGGAAAAACACAAGGAGGAAAAUUCCACCACAAUUUGGCCUUCGGAAAAAUGAAUCUGUAGAGUGUCUACAGAUUCAACAUGUAGAUAAGAAAAAAAAGGUUUUAUUGAAAGCAGUUAAUCAAGAUUACAUUCCUUAACAUGAAGAAAAAGUUCUCUCUCUCUAUUUGUCAUUGUAAUGGCCUUGAUAGUUUAAAUAAUAUGUUGAAAACGACAACACUAACACUUUAUGUUUACCACAUGACAUGACAUUUAAGCUUAACUAGGACUAGGCACACAGUGAUGAGGAAAACAAGAUAGAAUACACAAAUGCUGUGGUAAGACCUAAACAUCAUCCAAAAACUAAGCAUUUGGCAAAGGUCUUUGGGCCUUUUCUCUGGUAUUUCCAGAGCAAUUCACUGUCAAAUCAAUCCACAGUGAAUAUGUGCAUUGACCCGCUUCCAGUAAUAUUUCAACAUUUGAUUUAUUCAUCAAAGCUAGGUUAGGUCUCUCUCACAGGCACACACACACACACACACACACACACACACACACACACACACGCACACACGCACACACACACACACACACACACACACACACACACACACACACACACACACAGACACACACACACACACACACACACACACACACACACACGCACACACACACACCCACAAACACACAGAAAGACAUGACCAACAAAAACAUGAGGUUGAGUCAGUACGUUGUGUUGUGUGGAACCAAGAGGCUUUGGGUUCCAGAGAACUUCCCAGGUCAUGGGAAUGGGCAGUUGGUCAUCAUCUUGAUGGUUAGGCACCUUGGUUACCAGCGGGGAGGGGAGUCUUACAGUAUUUUGCAAGUUGCUAACAAGUGGGUGGAGAGUGAGUGCUAAGAAAAGCUUUCACAUAUACAACCAAAGUUCGUUUCCCCUUUAAAUAGUAUAUCUUCGUCUCGUUAUAGAUAUCCUGGUAAGGUUUCAGACUAUUCUUUCUCAUAAAAGCAAUAAAACUGCCAUGGUUCCUAACUUAAUACCAAUAGAUCCUAUGUCUUCCGAGCCCCGUUUGAAAGAAAAAAACGUAGUCUCUUUUCUUUAAAUCUAUAAGUCUUCAUAUAGGUUUAAACAGCAUGGAUAAUUAACUUAACUUAUAUUAUUAUAAAGAAAACACGUUUAUUUUCGCAAAUAGCACCAUUUGUUAUUAUAUAUGACAACCGCAUUCAUUAUCAUCAUAGAUCUGAUUUAUCAUCCAGGAGAACACAAUCUUAUAAUCACAAGUAAUAACCUUUCAAGCACUGCUUAUCACCAAGAACCAAGAAACAAUGGCUCUAUAGAGAUGUUCCUGUGUGGUUAGAUUAAUAACACAAUUUUAAUGAUAUAAUUUGAGUGUAAUCAUAAAAUCUCUGCAUGUUUCAAUUAGAUUUAUCACAAGGGCACCCAGUCCAUGCUAUCAUACCCCAAUACAAGUGUAUCAACAUUUCUAAGUGACCUAAACAGACCUAAAAAAACCCCUGCAUUUUAUCAUUUUAAUAUUAAAGGGAUACUUCACCCAUUUAGAACCGGCGUUCUAUCAUUAUAAAAUCGCUAUUGUAAUAUAAAUAAAUAUAUAAAUAAAUAUCAGUCUAAACCAGUCUCCCCUUGACCCAUUUUUUCGCAUCUAAUUUUCUCCCGAAAUGACGUCAAAUGACGCGUUUGACGUCAUUUCGGGAGAAACCUCUUGUCCCGCUAGAAGGGCCGAGGACUACAAAACACUUUUGGUGGAAAAAUGUUCAACCAAUAAGGAAUAAGAGGGGGCGGGAGCUCGCGUACUGAGGGGGAAUGAGCGGGACGGGAGACCGGCAGCGAGCGCAAUGCACUGUGGUAGUUGGAGGUUUUCUUAAUUUGAGCCAGAGAGACCAUGAAAACACUCUUUCUGCCUUUUUUCAGGCUAGGAUGAACCGAUUUCAAUUUUUUUUUCACAUUUAUAAUACAUUGAAUUAUUUAAUUCAUAAAACCUUCAUAUUCCCACCGGUGAAGUAUCUCUUUAAGUGUGGAAACAGUGAUGCAUAAAAAGGAACCAUCUGAAUGUGAACAGUGUAAGAGUAUUUCAAGUUAAUUUAAAUGGAAUUUGGAAAUUGAAGAGUUCAGGAUUUGACAGGACACUGAUUGACCAGUCUAGUGUCCUAUCUUGAGAAUACUUUUUUAAGAUGAAUUCAUUUUCCAUGCUGGGAAUGAUCAUAAUAUAGACUCUACCUGUACGUAUUGAAGUAAAAUACAUAAAAAAUUACCAAAAAUGCAAA